AUGACGCAAACUCCCAUGAUCUCGGUGCCUUUAAAGGCGACAAACGAGAUCGAUUGGAUCACCCCGCUUAAGACCUAUAUCAGAGAUACAUAUGGAGACGAUCCCGAAAGAUACGCAGAAGAAUGCGCGACACUCAACCGCCUUCGGCAGGAUAUGAGGGGCGCGGGCAAGGACAGCACCUCAGGGAGGGAUCUACUAUAUCGUUACUAUGGGCAACUUGAAUUAUUGGAUCUCCGCUUUCCUGUCGACGAGCAGCAUAUCAAGAUCUCCUUUACCUGGUUUGAUGCAUUUACCCACAAGUCAACAUCUCAGUAUUCACUUGCCUUCGAGAAAGCCUCGAUAAUAUUCAACAUAGCUGCUGUUCUAUCCUGCCAUGCAGCUAACCAAAGCCGUUCCGAAGAGGCUGGUCUGAAGACUGCCUACCAUUCCUUCCAAGCUUCUGCCGGCAUGUUCACUUACAUAAACGAAAACUUCUUACAUGCACCUUCAUCUGAUCUAAGUAGAGACACGGUCAAAACUCUAAUUCAGAUCAUGCUCGCGCAAGCUCAGGAGAUAUUUCUUGAGAAGCAAGUUGCAGACCAGAAGAAGGUAGGGUUACUGGCAAAACUAUCUAGUCAGGCAGCCUAUUUGUAUCAGCAAGCACUUGAAGGCGUCCAGGAAAACGUCAACAAGGCCAUCUUCGAGAAAGUUUGGCUUCUUUUUACACAGAUCAAAGCAAGCUUAAUGAGCUCGAAUUCCCAGUAUUAUCAAGCGCUUGCUGAUGAGGAUGCGAAUUCUUACGGUGUUGCCGUUGCAAGACUUACGGCAGCUGAAGUUCAGGCGAAGGAAGCUAAUAGGAUGGCAAACAAUUUCCCCAGCACCAUGCCUCCUAGUUCGAACUUGAGUGCAGACACGGGAAUGGUAUUAACGGAAAUCACAAAACGGAACCUGACUACUAUUCAGGAGAAAUUGAAGGAACUAAUAAAGGAUAACGAUUAUAUCUACCAUCAGACCGUACCAGCAGAGGCCAGUCUGAUUCCAGUUCCGAAAUUGCCCGCAGCAAAGCCGAUACCCGUAAACGAACUAUACUCCGGUCAGGAUAUUCAGCGCAUAACUGGCCCAGACUUGUUCGCGAAGAUAGUCCCAUUCACAGUUACUGAAUCAGCAAGCUUAUACGACGAAGAAAAAGCGAAACUAGUCCGCGCUGAAGCCGAAAGAGUCGAUCUAGCCAACAGUGAAUUGACGACCAGUUUGGAUUAUCUGAAGCUGCCAAGCUCUUUAAAAGUACUUAAAGGGGGUGCUGAGCAAGAGAUCCGGCCAGAUUCAGACUUCCCAACUUGGUGUGAUGAUGUUGCAGGGCAUGAGAAUCCGAUUUCGAUAUUCGAUACGUUACGGAUAGACAAGGAUGCCAUCAUCACUGUGCUGGAUAGAUGCUCAAAGCAACUGGAUAUGGAGGAAAGCGUUUGCGAGAAGAUGAGGUCAAAGUAUGAGAAUGAAUGGACGCAACAGCCAAGCUCACGGCUUACAACCACUCUACGAGGGAACAUUCGCAGUUAUCGAGAAGCCUUGGAUGAAGCAGCGAAGAGUGAUGGCCAGCUAUAUACUAAAUUCCGCCAAAAUGAAGUAAUCUUCGAAGAAAUGCGGAAUGCUGCACAAACAGGUGAAGUCGAGGCACUAUUCCGAGCGGCCGUCAAUAGAGUCAGAUCAAAGUCCAAUGACGCGGCAAGUCCAGCGGGUAGCGAAGCGAAUCUGCUGGAUGCCGACUUUGAUGAUGGCAGCCCAAGUGUUGCCGAGCAGAUAGCAAGAAUUGAGGAUAUCCUCAAGAAGCUGAACCUGAUCCAGAGGGAAAGGAAUCAAGUGCUCAAAGACCUGAAAGAAAGGGUUCACAAUGACGAUAUUUCUCAAAUCUUGAUCUUGAACAAAAAGUCGAUACCGAACUUUGAGAAAGAACUAUUUCAGUCGGAACUCGAGAAGUUCCGCCCUCAUCAAGCCCGUAUUCUGCAGGCAAAUCAUAAGCAAGCUUCUCUACUGAAGGAGUUGCAAGCAUCCUUUGGCUAUCUCCUACAGGACAAGCGUGUGCGUUCGGAACGUAGCAAGUACGAAGCCAUACAACGGCAAAGGAAUGCAGUGGUCAGCAAAUACAAGAGAGCAUACCAAGAGUUUCUCGACUUGGAAUCUGGUCUGCAGAGCGCGAAGAACUGGUACACGGAGAUGAAAGAGACGGUAGAUAGUCUCGAGAAGAACGUGGAGACCUUUGUCAACAACAGAAGAUCGGAAGGCGCUCAAUUGCUCAACCAGAUUGAGCAAGAGAUAGCCGCAAACAAGAGCACACAAGCCGAAGCAGAACGCGAAAGAUUCCGUGGCCUUAUGGAGCGUAUGUCUAUGGAUCCUAGCACUACACCGUCGCCAAACCCGGGCUCCAACCGGCCCGUCCCAACACCGCUCUCCUUUUCUAAUACUCCUCGCUAUUCACAAACCGCCAACGUCUCUGGCCAGUAUCAGAUGCCGGCCUCUCCACCGCCAAACCAAGUCAAUUACCCGGGAUUUUCUAGCCCUCCGACUACCACAUACGCAUCUACGCCACAGCAAUCAUUCACCCCUAACCCGCAACAUAAUAGCCAGCAAUUUGGCCAGGCCGCGUACAACCCCAGCACUUGGGGCCGGAAUCCUGGCCCGGCUUCACCACCACCAAACCAGACUACAUUUGGGCUUGGUGUCGGAAGCAGAGGUCCUGCUUCGCCUCCACCUUCGCAGACAUCAUUUGCGCCGCACCAAUAUAGUACAUAUGGAAACCCACAAGCCCAGGCAUCACAACAGUACAUGCCUCCUGGAUUCGUACCUCCUCCGCCACCUCCCGGACCUCCGCCGCUAGGACCACAACAGACCAUUCACUAUUCGCAACAACCCCAGGAAUACUCGUAUGGAGGUUCUCAGAACAACGCGGCGCGGUUAGGACAAGCGCAACAGCAACAACAGACUAAUGAUCCGUGGGCGGGACUGAACGCUUGGAAGUAA